GGACAACAAUCAGCUGAUCAGACAUCGACGACGCAACUUAUUCACGUUUUUCAGAAUUUUCCGCCCCUGUGAUGGGCUCUACGGAAGAGGAUGGAAGGAGUGGUGAGCGAUGGUGGGAAAGUACCAAACUUUCUCCAUCUGACCUCCGCCAGCGUUCAGAGUCGUGGAGUCUGGCCGCUGAUGCUGCCACUGCGACACUUCUACAGAGCAUAUCACAAAGGUUAGUGUCACGUACUCAUGAAGUGGAAGGUGCCUUGGAGAAGGUGCUGGAGGAGACGGAUCGAGUGAUGACAGUCAUAUCCAACACCAACAAUGCCUUCCACAUGUUGGCCAACACACAGUUCAUUGAGAAUAGAACCUAUCAAGAUGAUGCUGAUGUAGUGAGAGAGAAGACUCAACCUAAGGAGAAGCCAGCAGCAGGUGAGGAGGAUGUGCUAACAAGAUGUAAAAACGCCAUUAUUGAUGGUCUCAGCCUUGUCAGCCGGAGCUAUGAGCGCCAUGAGAUGCAAGAUUCUGAUUCAGAGGAUGAAGACAGUCCUGGCAGCCCUGUCCCGGUAUAUGCUCUCAUCGACCCUUAUGAAGGCAAGCCAUUGCCCCUUAUCAUUGGCUCUGGAGGAUUCAUGGCAGAUGAUAAAGUUGGCCUGCAAGAAACCUCAUCUAGUGAAGACAACUCCAAAAUGACUCUUAGUCCAGCCGAGACAGACACCGAAGAUGAGCUGGAUGUAGACGAUUUAACAGGUCGAAGACUGCAGAAAGACCAGCCCAUUCCAGCCAGUAGUUCAAAAGCUGUGGAUGAUGACAGUGAUUCUGAUUGGUCAGAUGAGGAUUUUCCUCAUCCGGUAAAUAAUGUUACGGGAGUGGAUAAGCCAAAGUCUCCACAGUCAACCAAUGAUGAGGGAGAAGAUGAGGAUGAUGCAGAUUUCUUUGGUCCCUCAAAAACAACACAGAGCAUCACUAAAAAUGGGCCAAAUGUUUCAUCUCAAAUCAGCAAGAAGCUCAAUAUCAAUGCAGCCACAGCACACAUCAGCUCAAGAGGGAGAGGCUUGGACUCUGACAGUGACGAUGAUGGGGAUUUAUUUGGCACGCGAAGGGAGUCUUCCAUUCCUUCAGCUGGAUUAUUUGGUAACACUCAACCCCCUUCUGCAUCUAGAGGAGGCAACAGUAAUGAUCUUUUUGGUGAACAGAAUACUCACACUCCUUCAGAACCUUCAGUUGGAGUAGAAAAUGUUCGAGCAAUGCCUAACCCCACCAGAGCUGGGCCCCAUGCUGUCAGUCGCCCUCAGAAGAGUGGCAGCAAUCUGUUUGCCAGUGAUACUGAUGAUGAUGAGGGGGAUCUGUUCUCCAGCAAGACUUCCUCUACCACUAAAACUAGAAGUCAGAGUGGCAAAGCAAAGAACCAGCCUGACCAGCCAAGUACACCCUCAACCAACCUCUUCUCUAGUGAUGAAGAUGGGGGGCUCUUCUCCCCAGCAACACCUCACACCCAGGGCACAAGUAACAACAAAGAGGAUUAUGAACAAAAGGAUGAGCCACCACCAAUACCAAGUGGAAGAAAGGUUCCAGUUGGUGGCAUUAACAUUUUUGGUUCUGCUGUCACUUCUGCAAUCCGUCGACAGCAGUCAGACUCGGAACCAUCAGAUGAUGAAAGGUCCAUUCGGGGCGGUAGCAGAAGUUCAUCAGCAUCUCUCACAAAACCAGAACCUCAGCCUUCUCAAGGACCUUCCCUGAAAGCAGCAAACAGUGGAAAGAACUUGGAUGGUGGCGGCUUGUUUGAUGAAGAUGAUGAAGAUUUGUUUGGCAGUAUAAGUAAAAAACCUGAAGCAACUUCUUUCAAAACAGUGAGUGACCAGACAAAGCCCCUCUCAUCCACCUCUGUUGAUAAAAUGAAAGACCCAGAUGAAAGAAAGAAUUUGUUUAAAAAUAUAACUUCUGGUAACUCCCAAGGACAACAGACCGCAAUAAAUUCCUCCGGAGGUUUGUUCUCAGAUGAUGACGACGAUUUAUUUGGUGCACCUUUUAAAGCGGAGAAAAAAUACAGUACGUUACCCACUACACCUGCAGUCAAGAGUUCGUCCUCAACUGAAAAUGCUGCUGAGAGUGGAGUUAUUAGUUCUGGCCCUGCUAAGAAACCCAACCCAUCCCAAGAUGUCCAGAAAACGUCGCCUCCAGUAAAAGUUCACGAGGUUCCCAAAGUUCCAAGCACUUCUUUGUUCAGUUCUCCCAGUGAUGAUGAUGAAGACCUGUUCUUCCCAUCCAGCUCCUCUAUGACAGUUAAGUCAUCUGCAUUUGUGACAGAGCCGCCACCUCUCCCACCAGCUGGCACUGUCAGUUCCAUUAGUGAGAACUCAGAGUCAUCUAUGAAUCAUGAUGACCACCAUUCAUCCACCACUUCAAUGCCCCAAGUAAUUAAGACUCAAGAGUCACCUAAAACCAUUUCAAUUUCUAGUAAUGACAAGUCCAUUAACAUGGCAGCAAACCAGAGAGAACAAGGACCACUUUCCAACAGCUUGUUUAGUUCAUCAGAUGAUGAUGAUCUGUUUUCAAGUGUGUUAAAGACCACUCAUGAAGAUGCCACUUUAACUCAGAAACACAAAGAUAGAACAGAGUCUUUCAAAACUAAAGAGGAUCCACCAAUUAGAUCAGAGAGCAUUAUAUCAAACACAACUGAUAACACAAGUUCUCAAAAAUCAAAACCAAAUUUGGAUAUAUUUGGGUCGCCAGAUGAUAUCUUUGUUCCAAAGUCAAAACUGAAAGAUAACCUUCCCACAGAAGGGACCAAACCAUCACAAUCUUUCAAAACUCAGACACGAGCUGAGAAAUCAGAUCUCUUUGCUGCCAUAGACAGCGAGGAUGAUAUAUUUUCAAGUGUUUCAAACUCUUCAUCAAGCGGAAAACCAGCUCCUAAGAGUGAUAAAGAUGGUUCAAGUCUUUUUGGAUCAUUUGAUGAUGACAUUUUUGCAGAUGCUCAAAAGGGAUCAAAAUCAGGUGAUGCAUCAGAACCAAAGCCACAUGUAAACAUGAAGGGUAAAAAGGAUAUAUUUGAUAGUUCAGCACAACCUCAACACCAAAAAGAAUCACCUUCUUUAACAGUUGUAACUGCAGCAGGUCAGACAGACACUGUAAUCACAUCAUCUGUAAGUGAUAGGGAUAACCCUCCAACACUGCCUGCUGAGACUGAAGGCUCCACUACCCCACUGGCUUCUGAAAGAGAAUCAUUUCCAUCAGAGAAUUUAACAAAAGUUGUUCAUAAACCACCAGUAGGGGGAGUUGCUCUCUUUGGGGGAGAUGAAUUAUCUGCUAGAAUAAAUAAGCAAAAAUCUUUGUUGGGUGAAAGAGAAGUGAAGGAUGAGAAAGUAAAAGAAGAGGGCAGUAAACCAGUGUCUGAGAAAACAGUAGUAAAGGAAGAGAAAGGUGACAGAUUUAAUAAAAUUGGUAGUAUAUUUGAUGGCGAGGUUGAUGACAGUGACUUAUUUGGUGUCACUCAAGUUAAACCUGAGAAAAAUCUUUUUAGUGGAUUGGGGCGAGAGAGUCCGCCUCCUCUUCCAACAACAACAGUAGAGCCUUCACCUCACUCUAAUGAAAAACUGGAAUCAUCUUUACCUCCUCUAAAAGAACCCCAGUUGGAAAAUGUGAAGCUGUCAGAAGGUGAAUCAAUCAUAAAUGCAAAUGAUAAAAACAGAGAUGUAGAUGAGCCAGGCAAGGGAGGUACAGAAGUAAAAUCUGAGAAGACUGAGCAAAUUGUCGCUGUAGAGAAAGAAAUUCUAGAAAUAAAACCAAAGAAGAAGCCACCCAGAGGAGGAGUGUCAAUGUUUGGUGGAGGAGGUAUUGGGGGUAAGGAACUGCUUGCUAAGGUACAACAAAGAAAGAGUAUACUGGAACCUGACAGUGAAAGUGAGAGUGAUGAUGAUGAUGGUCCUGUCACCAUUUCACCGGGAACUUCACCACACAAGGAAGAAAUUACUACCGUAUCAUCAGUCAAGCUUCUUACCCCAAUAAGUCCAAUUUCACCGAUGUCUCCCCUGUCACCAGUCUUUGCCUCUGAAGUAGUCUGGCCUAAAUCUGGAGGUCAGGAGAGUAGUGUGAGUUUUGAUGAACCAGCCCCAAGCACAACACUACAGAGUCUGAAUAAGAGCCGAAACAGAGGAAGCCUGAAGCGACGACCCCCGAGUAGAUCCCAUAGAAGGAGUAGAUUAGAAGAAAAUUCUCCAGGUGCACCAAACAUUUCAACAAGUAAAGAGUAUACAGCACCAGCAGACACAGUUACUUCCUCUGUACCAGAAUAUACUUCUCAAGACAGACAAAGAACCUGUCAAGAGAAAGAAUUGAGUGUUAAUGAUUCAUCUGUCUCGCCUGAUAAACAAAGACAGCUGGACUCUAUAUUUUGUGAUGACAGUACUCAGAGCGAUAUAAUUAGCAAUUAUGUAAAUACAGAAGUAAAAAACACAGUAGAAAAUAAAGAACAGUCAACUGAUAUUGUUAGUAAAAAAGAGAAGAGAAAUACUGCCUUAAAAAAGAAACAAAAGGAUGAGAGUAAUGAUGAUGAUUUGUUUGGAAGAUCAAAAAGUGCCUUAAAUGAAGCCAAAGUAAAGAGUAUUAGCAAAGGAACAAAUAAUUCUCUGUUUGGGGUAAGUGACAGUGAUGAUGAGGACUUGUUUGGGGAGGCAAAACUGAGAACAAGUUCAGUAAAGGCCUCAGAAAGUUCUUCUAAGCACAACAGUUCUACAAAGACAUUGGUCAAAUCUCAUCCCGCUCAGUCCCUCUUUGGCAACGAUGAUGAUGACAUCUUCGGCUCAUCAAGCAAAGCGGAGAAAGUUUCAGCAAGUGUGCCGAGAAAAGGAUCCACAUCAAAACCAAAAAGUAAUUUAAAACCUUCAAGUGAGCCAUUUGAGGACCCUCUUCUGAGUAACUUGAAAUAAUACGAAAAAUAAAUGUGAUUAUAACAAUUAUGAAAUAGUCAUAGAACAAUUUUGUGCAAAUAAUACUGAAGGAGGAGAUUAAAUUUUUUUCCCUUCCUUUUACUAGAUUCCAUUGAAAAUAAUGUCUGGGUCUCUUUGAUAGACUAAGAAAUUCAGUUGUUUUCACCACCAUUAUUAAGAAGGUACUGUACUAUAUCCAGAUCUGAACAGUUUAAAAUCAUGAUUAUCCAGGACCCAUUGGUCUGAACUCCUAAUUUUCCAGGGACCAUUGGUCUAAACUCAUAAUUUUCCAGGGCCCAUUGGUCUAAACUCAUAAUUUUCCAGGGACCAUUGGUCUAAACUCAUAAUUUUCCAGGGCCCAUUGGUCUAAACUCAUAAUUUUCCAGGGCCCAUUGGUCUAAACUCAUAAUUAUCCUGGACCUAAUCAUCUAUAAUCAGGAGUUUCCAGGACACAUAAUGACAGAGAACUUUGAUUAUGUCAGAAUCAUUUACUGAUAUGUAGGGUCCUGGUUUUUUAGGUCUCAAUAUUGCAGUGUUUUAAUUAUCAAGGCUCCUGUGAUAUAAGAGUCUCAAGGAUCCCAGAGAUGAUAUGGCCUAUAUCAUAGUCUUGGAUCACCUAAAGAAUCUGCACCCAACUUAUAUCACUGGAAGAUUUACCACCCUAAUACUAAACUAACCUUACCUUAAAUCCCCAAAUAGUUGAAAUAAAUUGAGGUGGAGACUCUUCAGGUGACCCACAGUCUCUGGUGUCGUGGCAUUAACAAAGGUAAGCAUUGUCCAUGGAUAUUGCCUGUAUCCAAGAUCCUUCGCAUGGAGAAGUAAUAUAACGGACCAAAUUCACCAUGUUACAUGUUUAUAACUUAUGUAUGACUAAUAAUAGUUAUGAAAUCUUCCACACUGUCAAACAAAGACAGUGAAUGAUUGUGGAGAUAUUAAUGUGCAAGAUAUUGUUUGUGACAUGGAAUUCUUGGUGGUUAGGGCUUAAUUUAAUUUCAGAAUAUGCAUUGUAUAUUUUUCCCUAUUGGUGAAACUGGUAGGGAAUUCCUGACUGAGAUUGGUUAAGAUUUUCUCUAAGACCUUAUUCUGGUAAGAUUUCCCUAGCUAAGACCAUUUUCUCUGGCCUGUUUCUCUUAACCUUUUUCCCUCUUAAGGCCAUCUUUCAGCAAUGAAUAAUGUCUAGUACUGUAUGUGGUGUUACACUGACCCCAGGUAGUGAAAGGUAUUUUCAGUAAAAACAAAUUGGGACCAUUCAUUUGGGAAGGUACAGAGAUGGAUCCUUAAAAUAGGAGCUUAGGAAAUGGGAGAUUCCCCAAAACCAGACAUUUUCUUCCCUGUUUUAAGUUAAAAUUUUCUUCCCUUGUCAUGUCCAGUUUUGCUUCAAGACACCCUCACACUCAAUUGAAUGUUUGUUUUACUUCUCAAAUAACAAAAUAAAUAAGACAUACAUACUUUAAAUAACAAAAUAUUGAUUAAAUGUAGUCUUUUUAUGAACGAGAGUUGCCUAAUUAGGCUUAUAUCACAUCUAUCUUGGGUUUGUGUAUAUCUGAUUCCCAGAAGCUUCUAUGUGGAGAAUUGUCUUGGUAGAUAUAACUUUGUAUCAUGAAUAUGUUGGUUGAGGUCAAUAAGUACCUGUACCAUAUAUAGGCUGAGAGGUCAAUACACCUACAUAUAAUUUUCCCAACAUUAUCUACCCAGCUCUUGGUCCUCUUCAACUUAGAAAUUUUUACAACUGACACACACAAUGCGUUUAGUGUAGUAUAAAUGUGGGUAUUUUAUCCCAUCUAUUGCGACAAAGUGCAUAGAUUUAGAAGUAGCUCAUGCCCUGACCACCAGGAAUCUCGGUUUCAGUCCAAAGGUUUUCACAGUAAAUGACUUAGAUAUGAUUUUUUUAAGAUUAUAUGACUAUUUAUUAUUAUUACUGUAGUUGUCGAUAUUAUUAUUAUCACUUGUUUUUGCUUUAUUAUUAUUAUUGAUGUAUUAUUGCUCCUAGUACAGUGGUC